GGGCGUGCCGCACUUGCAGCCGAGCUUCCCCUUCGGCAACAUGCGCGACCGCGUGCUCCUGCGCCAGUCCGCGCUCGAGCUCUUCCACGACUUCUACUGGCGCCUGGACGGGCUGCCCUUCGGCGGCGUGUACCAGAUCACCCGCCCCGCCUUGUUCAUCCGCGACCCGGAGCUCAUCAAGCAGAUCCUCGUCAAGGAUUUCGCGUGCUUUCAGGACCGCGGCAUCUUCGUGGACGAGCAGCUGAACCCGCUGAGCGCGCACCUCUUCAACCUGGGCGGCGCGCGCUGGAAGCAGCUGCGCUCCAAGCUCACCCCCACCUUUACCUCGGGCAAGAUGAAGCUGAUGUUCGCGUGCAUGCACGACUGCGCCCGGGAGCUGGCGCUGCUGGUGCAGGAGGAGGCCGCGCGCGCCGGCGGCCUCGUCGAGAUCAAGGAGGUUCUGGCGAAGUUCACCACCGACGUCAUCGGCUCGUGCGCCUUCGGGCUGCGCUGCAACUCCAUGAGGAACCCGGACUCGCAGUUCCGCGCCAUGGGGCGGCGCGCCUUCGACCCCACGCUGGGCCUCACGCUCAGGACAAUGGCCACCAUCCUCAUGCCGUCCGUCGCCGCGCUGCUCAAGGUGCACAUCCCGGAGAAGGACGUCUCCGACUUCUUCCUGAACGUGGUCAAGGAGACAAUGGACUACCGCGAAAAGAACAACGUGAAGCGCAACGACUUCUUCCAGAUGCUCAUUCAGAUGAGGAAGGAGAGGGAGGCCGGGCCCUCGGGAGGGCGCGCGUCGGGCGAGGGCGCGGCAGCGCGGGACGGCGGGGACCUCGAACUCACCGAUAACCUACUGGCGGCGCAAGCGUUCGUGUUCUUCUUGGCUGGCUUCGAGACUUCGUCAGCGGCCAUGAGCUUCACCCUGCACGAAUUGGCUUUGAAUCCUGACGUCCAAAGGAAGCUGAGACGAGAGAUAAACGCAGUCGUGGAGAAACACGAUGGACAUUUUACUUAUGAAUCCGUCAUGAAUAUAGAAUACCUAGAGAAAGUAAUUUGCGAAACGCUGCGCAAGUACCCGCCGCUGUCGGCGCUGGUGCGCGAGUGCAACGCGGCGUACACCAUCCCGGGCACCAAGGUGGUGCUGGAGAGCGGCACGCGCGUGCUCAUCCCGGUGCACGCGGUGCAGAACGACCCCGCCUUCUUCCCGGAGCCGCAGCGCUACGACCCCGAGCGCUUCGGCGAGCGCGAGAGAGCGCGGCGCCCCGGCUACACCUACUUGCCCUUCGGCGAGGGCCCGCGCCUCUGCAUAGGUAUGCGGUUUGGGCAACUUCAAACCAAACUCGGUCUAGCCAUCCUCCUUCAUCGUUACCACUUUGCAACCUGCGACAAGACGAAUAUGCCUUUGAAGUUCGAUCCGAAAUCUUUCCUAACUACGUCUGUCGGGGGGAUGUGGCUCAAGAAUAUUUUGAAUGGAAAUGAAAAGUACGACAUCCUCCCUCCAAGAGACAGCAAUGCGUUGAAUGACACAUAA